AAAUGGAAUGGACCGCUCCAAAGUUUGCCGUCUGAAGUUUUAAUGUGUUUCAAUUGUCUUCUCAAGUCAUGCUUUCAUUUUCACCGUCACCUUUUGUCCCUAUUUCAUACCAGCUACCAACCCUUUUAUUUAUACCAUUAACACCACCAGCAAUCGAAGAAGGCCAAGCUGAAGUUCACUGCAAUGGCGAGGCCAGAAAGGACAGCAGGUAGAAAUAAAAGUUUAGAGACUCUAAUGGACUCGGACAAACCAGGAAUCGGAAGAAAUGUGAACCAACUGAAGAUUCAGAAGUCCAUUCCAGGGUAUGGCCUUGAAUUUAGUAACCUCUCCUAUAGUAUCAUAAAGAAGCAGAAAAAGGAUGGAGUUUGGAUCAACAAAGAAACAUAUCUUCUUCAUGAUAUCUCUGGCCAGGCAAUUAAAGGUGAAGUUAUGGCAAUCAUGGGACCUAGUGGUGCUGGCAAGUCCACCUUUCUUGAUGCAUUGGCCGGUCGAAUUGCAAAAGGGAGUCUAGAAGGAUCAGUUAGAAUUGAUGGAAAACCAGUUACUACAAGCUACAUGAAAAUGGUGUCAUCAUAUGUGAUGCAAGAUGACCAGCUCUUCCCUAUGCUGACAGUUUUUGAGACAUUUAUGUUUGCAGCUGAAGUUAGGCUUCCUCCUUCCAUUUCCAGGAGUGAAAAGAAGAAGAGGGUCUAUGAGCUCCUUGACCAAUUGGGCUUACAGAGUGCUACACAUACCUAUAUUGGUGACGAAGGGAGAAGAGGAGUGUCAGGAGGGGAACGACGAAGGGUGUCUAUUGGCAUAGACAUCAUUCAUAAGCCAUCACUUCUGUUCCUUGACGAACCUACUUCAGGCCUUGAUUCUACAAGUGCUUACAGUGUUGUAGAAAAGGUUAAAGACAUAGCUCGAGGAGGAAGCAUUGUCCUUAUGACCAUACACCAGCCUUCAUUUAGAAUUCAAAUGCUCCUGGACCAGAUCACCGUCCUUGCAAGGGGAAGACUGAUAUACAUGGGAAAGGCAGAUGAAGUUCAGGCUCACAUGUCAAGAUUUGGAAGGCCUGUACCUGAUGGAGAAAACAGUAUUGAGUAUCUCCUAGAUGUUAUCAGUGAAUAUGAUCAAGCAACGGUUGGGCUUGAUCCCCUUGUCCAAUUCCAACGUGAUGGCCUCAAACCUCACCCGGCAGCCAUGACGCCGGUUCCAAGAACACCUUACAAAAGGAACACACCUGCAUCCAAACACAUGAUUAGCCUACGCAGCCAAGGAUUUACUGCCGGAACACAACAGCCUGAUUCUGCGGACGACGAAGACGACGACGAUGCUGAGGAUUUUGAUAACUCCCUUGAAAGGAAAAGUGCUCCAACACCAAGGAAUAUGACUAGUGGUGUUCACCAACGUUUGGCUUCUCAGUUCUACCAAGAUUUCUCGGCCAAAGAUUUCUCUGUCUGGCUUUACCAUGGGGUAGUAGGAACCCCACGUCGCCAACCAUCAUGGACUCCAGCAAGAACUCCAGGAUGGACACCUGGGAAAACACCCAUGUCAGGACCAACAAGUGCAGUUUCCAACCAAUAUUCUGCAGCUCCUUUUGUGGUUGGCCAGUCUAUGGACUACUCCGCAACUUCAUAUGAAGGAUUUGAGAUUGAGGAAGUGCUUGAUGAGCCAAACUUUGGAUCCAAGUAUGCAAACCCAUGGUUGCGUGAGGUUGCAGUGCUCUCAUGGCGAACAGCACUCAAUGUAAUUCGCACCCCAGAACUCUUCCUCUCCCGUGAGAUUGUGUUAGCUGUUAUGGCACUUAUCCUGUCCAGCAUUUUUGGAAAUCUGAGUCAUCCUUUUUUCGAAGACAUCAAUAGGCUCCUCAAUUUCUACAUCUUUGCAGUGUGCCUUGUUUUCUUUUCUUCCAAUGAUGCAGUCCCAUCUUUUAUCAUGGAGAGGUUCAUCUUCAUAAGGGAGACUUCACAUAAUGCUUACCGUGCUUCUUCAUAUGUCAUUUCUUCCCUCAUUGUUUACCUCCCAUUUUUUGCCGUUCAAGGCUUCACAUUUGCUGUCAUAACCAAAAAGAUGCUCCACUUGAGAAGCAGCCUAUUGUAUUUCUGGCUAAUACUUUAUGCCUCGCUUAUUACUACCAAUGCAUAUGUGAUGCUUGUUAGUGCACUUGUGCCUAGUUACAUCACAGGGUAUGCAGUAGUCAUAGCCACAACAGCACUCUUCUUUUUGACCUGUGGUUUCUUCCUCAAGCGAACUCAGAUACCCUUUUACUGGAUGUGGCUUCACUAUAUUUCUGCAAUCAAAUAUCCAUUUGAGGCAUUGCUCACAAAUGAAUUCAAUAACCUCAACUGCUACACAGGAAAUUUAGCAGAAUUAUCCCAUGGACCAUUAGGAGACCUGAAGCUCAGCAAACACCAUAACUCCAGUCUGCCCGCUAACUGUUUAUUAGGGAAAGAUAUCUUGUCCUCGAUGGAUAUUACAAUGGAUAACAUAUGGUAUGACAUCUUAAUCCUGCUAGCUUGGGAUGUUCUUUACAGGUUCUUCUUCUAUUUGGUUUUGAGAUUUUACUCCAAGAAUGAGAGGAAAUGAAUCAUUUACCACACCUUUUUUUCUUUGGAUAACCUGUUAGUUUAUAGAUUCCCCCGGCUUGCUAAAAAGCUGAAGGUCACAACAAUCACGUUAUUUUCUUGUAUCAUUGCUAUCAUAUUCAUGAGAUCAUAAUAUUUCUGUUAAA